AUGGACAACAUGCAGGACAGCCACAAGUCCUUCCUCAUCAAGGACCUGCUGGGGGACGUGCUGCGCCCGGGGGCGCCGGGGGCGGUCCAGCCAGGUUCCGCUACUGACGAUGAGGACAUCAUAAGCAACCGAUCAGCCAAGUCUAACGAUUCUGACGUCGAAGACGACAUAUCGGUCGGAGAUAACAGGUCAGAGACAUCGUCCCCAAAGAAACUACACUAUCCUUACGACGAAAACUACGAUGAAGCAGGAAAGAGAAUAGAACCGAACAGAGAAGAGGCUAGCGAAUACCACGGAAGCCGACUCACCAACCUCACACCAUCAUUCAAAGAGGAUGAAAACGAGGUGGACAAAUCUGACGAACCAGCGAAGCUAUACGAAGGCUCUCUCUUUCACUUGUACAGGCCGGAUAGGGAGAGUAACAAGGAGGGCGAUAGUGGGUUCGAGAUGGGCACGUUCCCGGACAGCAUCUACGGGCGGUCGAUGGACUUGACCAAGAACUCGUUCCAGUCACAGCUGCUGGCGGGCUUCGCGUCCGUCAUGGCCGGCAGCUCGCAGAGAGACUCACAGGAUUCUUCAGACCGUCAAGGUCCCCGCAGCGGCCCCAGCUCGGGUCGCAAGCCGCGCCGGCGCCGCACGGCGUUCACGCACGCGCAGCUCGCCUACCUCGAGCGCAAGUUCCGCUGCCAAAAGUACCUGAGUGUGGCCGACCGCGGCGACGUCGCCGACGCCCUGAACCUAAGCGAGACGCAGGUCAAGACCUGGUACCAGAACAGACGAACGAAAUGGAAGCGUCAGAAUCAACUGCGGCUCGAGCAGCUGCGGGCGCAAGCGGCGAGCGGCGAGCGGGACCUGCACUCUCUGCCGCUGGCGUGCGCGUUACUGCCGCCCUACCCCGCCUACAUGCACUGCCAUCUAUGA